AUGGCGCCUCCGUUUUCUGAUCAGAGGUUUAACUCCAGCCAGGGCCGUAGGCCCAAUCCUCCCCGCAGCGACCGGGAUGGCCGCAUGUAUGACGAUCGUCCGCGAUCACGCUCGCCUGGAGGUACAAGCUCCUCCCCGCGCGGUAACGGCCACUCUGGCAUGCCUCCUCGCAGACCUGCAGACCGCAGGCGCGAGUACUCCCGCGACCGCGACAGUCACCGCAGCCAUGAUCGAGAUGAACGAGCCUACCGUGGCUCACGAUCACCACCUCGUCGAGACAGACAUGGAUACCGCGACUGGGAUCAUGAGGGGGUUGGCUACAAUCGCAGUCGCAGCCCUCGACGUGAUCAGCCAUACCUCGGUGAAGAAAGUCGGGAAGUAAUGCUGGAGAAUUUCCCAGUCGACAUGACGGAGAAUGAUAUUGCAACGGAACUCAGAAAUGCCUAUCAUGUUGACGGCCUCGAAGACAUUCGAGUCAUUCGUGAUCGCCAGACGAAGUUGUCGAAACAGCUUGGCUUCUUGCGAUUUCCAACGGUUGAUGAAUCGCGAGCGUUUGUUGAACAAAACCACCGGGGAAUCUACUUGUAUGGGCCAAGCGCUGGUCCUAACGACGGAAGUACCAAAGUACGCAUUGCCUAUAGCCGCGAGAGGGAAGACCGAGGCAGGGCGAAAGGAGAAGGUGACUGGAUGUGUCGUAUGUGCGCUAUCGUGAACUAUGCUACUCGGGUGAAGUGUUUUAAGUGCAACGCCCCCCGACCCGGUACGUCUUCUCCCAUUUCCUUUCCUUCUCUCCGCUUGUCACUAACCAUGCAAGCAGAGAUGGCCUCUACGGGUAUCCCCGGGGUUCCUGCCCCCAAGGCAGUGAACAGCGGUGACAAUGAUGCCGCACCUGAGAGUCAGCCGUCUCAAUUUCUCCUAUUUCGCGGAUUGGAAGCAUCUGUCACAGAGGAACUGCUUGCCAAAGGCGUGGCCAAACUGUAUCGUCCUUCUGGCAGCAACGACAACUUGUCCGGUAACCAAAAGAAAGGCUCAAAGGUAGCCUCCACCACCGGCGACAGCAAUCUUGGGGCACGCGAAGGCUCUAUCCGCCGUGUAUUGCUUGUACGUGAUCGCAAGACCAAUGGCAGCUGGCGCUAUGGCUUUGCUGAGUUUGCAGGAAUACUGGAUGCUCAAGCUGCCAUGACCCGCUUGAAAUCCUUCGAAAAGUUCACCAUCUCGUCCAAGCCCGUCACAGUCAGUUACAUUCAUGCAGGAGUGUUCAUCCCAGUCAUGACUCCCACGGCCAGCACUGCCCGUUUUUCAUUCAGCCCAUUGAACAACCCGUCUCUAAAGCUUAUGUAUUGGGACGAUGAAGGCUUUGUCAAUGAGCUCACCCUGUCACGAGAGGAAGACGACGCUUCGACUGAGCAGCACAAGGGAGAAAAGUCCGCUGCGCACCCCAAUGACAAGGCCGUUAAAGAUUCAGAGAAAUCCAAGAAGAGAAAGGCGGAUGCAGCGGCCAGCACCAACGCCAAGAAGCUCGCAAUGCCAUCCCAGCUGCAAUUCUGGAGCAACCGUCACGCUGAACUUCAUGGUAUUUCUAACGAUGCCGAUGGAAAUCCUGUUGAAACUAGCCCCGAACAGCCCGCCCCGUCUUCUGAUGCAGCUGCUCCCUCAGCUCUGUCAUACAUAGAUCCCAAGCGUCACUGCUGCUAUCUGUGCCAGAGAGAGCUCAAAGAUCUUCGCUACGCCUACGCACAUGAGCGCCUCAGUGACCUCCACAAGGAAAAUUUGUUGAAGCCAGAACGUCUAGCAUUCGGCAUGAAAAAGCUUAUCAAGCAUGGCCUUGUUCCUCCGCCCACCGAUGACGCACAGCAAUCUACCAAUGAAUACAGAGACCGUGCCAAGGAGCGCCGCAGUGCAUUCGGACCACCCGCUGCCGCCGCCCGCCCAGCCCCAGCUGCACCCCAGGAGGAGGAAGUCCCAGUGCAGUCGACCUCGAAGGGUGCCUCCCUGCUCAGCAAGAUGGGAUGGUCAGAGGGCUCGGGCCUUGGUGCGCAAGGCACUGGUCUGACAGCCCCAAUUUCUACUGAGGUCUAUGCCCAGGGCGUGGGACUAGGUGCCCAAGGAGGAAAGCUAGGCGAUGCAACCGAAGAAGCCGGCCGAAAUACCCGGGGUCGUUACGAUGAGUUCCUUGAGAAGACCAAGGACAAUGCCCGCCAGCGUUACGAAAAAUUGGACUAG